AUUUUGUGUAACUAACUAAGACGGUGGAGUCGGACUUGUUUCAAAUGCACGCAGCCUAACGCAUAGCGUGCACAGCGAGUCUAUACAACGGAUUAAUAGGCAACGUUGCGUGAAAAUCAGGCUUCACGUUGGCAAAGAGCUAACCGAAUUUAUGCAACCUAAAAUGAGAAAGAACUCGCUUCAAUUUACAUAAGAAGUACAAACGGUAACGAAGGUCACCGUCAGUGUGACCGUCGGUGUGUAGUCGGCCAGAGCAUUUUGUGGUUCAGGAUUCGGAUAAUCGACUUGUGUUUUUGCGAAAUGUGUGAAGGACAAUUAUUAGUUUUCACCUGUCUGACGGUAGCAGUGGCCUUCAGUGGUUAUACCUCAGCCAGGUUGGCACCUGAUUUUAUUAAUCCCUGCAAUACUACGGAGUCCGCAUGUUUAAUUCAAGCUACCCAAAAAGCCAUUCCUGAUUUCUCAAAAGGCCUGCCUGACCUCGGAGUACCAUCGUUAGAUCCAUUUGUAAUAGACGAAUUACCGAUCCAACUUCCUGGAGUCAAAGUAACCUUCCUAGAUGGUAAGGUUACAGGUCUACGGAAGUGUCAAGUGCUAAAUGUGGAAGCCUACCUUGAAAAGAAUGUAUUUAUACUGGAAAUAAAAUGUAAUAUAACAAUAAAAGGGAAAUAUACAGCGGUCGGCAGAUUACUUCUAUUUCCUAUAAAUGGAGAAGGUGACUCCAAAAUUAAAAUAGUUAACUCCGUCAUAAAAUUAAAUAUAAAGACAAAAUACUUUAAAGAUUCCGAAGGUCGUGAUCACUUUGGAAUUAAAAAUUAUAGAUAUACCUUUGAUUACGGAGAUAGAGUACAUUAUACUAUCAACAACUUAUUUAAAGGAAAUCCGGAGUUAAGUAAUACAGUACUACAAUUCCUUAACGAAAACUGGAGAGUGGUGACUGAAGAAUUUGGACAGCCGGUUGUAGAUUACGCAAUGAAUGUUACCAUUGAAACUGCUAAAAAGUUCUUUAACGCUGUACCUUAUGACGAGUUACUUUAUGUACCUAUACCAAAGUAUUAAUCAUUAUAUAAUUAGUAUACGCUUAUUCUAGGCCUCGAGCAAAUUUUGAUCAGUUAUAAAUAUCUGAACCUAAGGUAUCAAGUUGCAGCCUUCGUCAGGUUAAAACUGAAUUUAAAAUACAGAUAUUUAAUAUUUAUUAUUGAAUAUGAAAUGAGCAUAAUUCUAACAGUACAUUUAUCUAAAUGUUUUGAUUUGUUCAUUCAGACAUAUUACGUCGGUAAAAAACAAAAUCUUAUAUUUGAAAAUUUGUAUAUAAAUAAAGAUUUUAGCAACGCUAUGUCAUGAUCAAUACAAAUCAAUAUGUUUUGUGGUUUAUCUCAUUAAAACGUAAAGGAGAUUGUUAGAUAAUAUUACAGUGACAAUAAUCAAUUAACACGUUUACGGUAUAAACGGUAGGUGUUUUGGAUUCCGGGUCUGACUAAAAUGAUUUUGUUUAAUUAAAUAAGUUCUUGGUGUUUAUAUAAUUUAUAUUUAGAAAUAGUAAUUAGUUCAAGAAAAUUAAAUAGAAAGUAACUAAUUGUAGAAUUUUAUAACCACAUUAUUAUACAAUUGUUUAUGAUUAUGUAUUUUUAUCACUAAGAAUAAAAUUAUUAUAUAUUUUUUAAAAUAAAUAUUAUGAAACAGGCGAUAACUGGUUAA